AUGAUAUGGGACUACUAUAAAGGCAAGACGAUAUUCGUUACCGGGGGCACAGGCUUCAUCGGGACUGCGCUUCUAUGCCGACUUUUGAGCCAGUCGUCUCCGGAACGAGUAUAUGUACUAUGUCGAGGUGGCUCCGAUAAAGCAAAAGCGAAAUGGUCCGACAUACUCCCUCCCUCUACCGCAAAGGUUCUCACCGAAAACGAGCGGUUGACUAUCCUUGACGGCGAAUUGGGAAAUACCGCGACAAUGAGUUUACCAGAAGAGACAAUACAGAUGCUGAAACGGACAGUACACAUUGUGUUUCACGCCGCAUCGUCAGUUCAACUACACAAUUCUCUGCGAGAAUUAGCAUAUACGGUGCUGGCACCAAGCAUAUGUCUCACACAAUAUGCCCUCAAAUUCCCCAACCUCGAGCGCUUCGUGUUUUUCUCCACUGCAUACGCCAACGCCCAUCUAUGGAAAACCCACGAAUCAACAGACGUGGCAGUCGACGAGAGAAUAUAUCCACUCGGCAAGGAGGAGGAAGAUUACUACAAGAACGCACUUGAAGCAUGGAGCGCAGUACAGAAAACCGGCUCAUCCGACGAAUACGACGCACAUGAUUUCCCAUGGCCAUAUGCAUACGCCAAACAUCUAGCCGAACGAUUAGUCCUGCAGAAGGCAGCUGAGCGUAACAGAAUGGACAAAGUCCUAAUCAUCAGACCGUCUGUCCUCGGGCCAGCCGAUAAAUUCCCAUACCCCGGUUUUGCGACCUCGGAGGGAGCCCCCUCGACAGCAUGUGCAGCGGCAUACAUGUUACACCCAGGUCGUCGAAUCAAGCUUUCAACGCGAUGCGAAAAACCAGACCAAGAAUCUACGAUCGACGAAGUCCCGAUUGAUGUAGUGGUGGAUCGAACACUGGUCCAUGUGGCGCUGAGGACGAGUGGGUGCAUCCAUGCUGUGAGUGGGGAGCAGGGCCGGUUAUCGACCGAGGAAUGGUGGCGUGCAUUCAAGAAGGAGAGACGGAUACCCUGGAAUUCCAGGCCUUCCUGGACCGACGAAAGCUGGAAUUCCCCUAAUCUCCACCAAAUGGCUCGGCGGUUCAAAAUUAUUGGGACUUCGUUUGCGUUCUCGCAGGAACGGACUGUUAGAGCCGUGGAGAAGCUAGGGGCUGGAGAGAAAGAGGGUCUUCAGUUAUUUGCUGAUCGGUCCAAACCUUAUUCCCUGCAUUUGAGACGACAUCAUAUCUAUCAUCAGGCUGUGCAGGUGGCUAAGAUGAAGAAGUGGCCUGUGUGGUCUGCUAGGCUGUUGUGUCGGAAGGGAAAGCCUGUGGCGUACCUAGCCGAGAAUGUGAAGGCUUGA